UGUGUGUCGGACGUAAUAUUCCACAGAUAAAUAUAACGACUGUACCGCAGGGCGUUGAUAUCUUUACACAUAAAGUUGCGCUUUUCAUUAUUAGGAUAUUGAGACAAUUGUCGAUACACAACUUCAUGCGCGGAGGCGUCCCUGCCUCCGAGGAGUUCUGUUGCAAAAGUUGAAGGUCAAUGACUUCGUAUCGCGUCUCGAUAAAAAGAAACGUGUUUCUAUUUAAAUCGGGAGAUUGCGACGAACGAUCGGGAGAGAGUUUCUGUGAGAAAAAAAAAAAAAAAAAAAAAAAAACUAAUUACGAAACGAACGGGGGUCAUCGAAUUAUUUUGCAACGAUAUUGCGCUAACAUCACCGCGUUCCUUUUGUUGUUCCGAGAAACGUCAAAAUGGCCUCGUAUUUUUUCAUUUAAAUAACCGCACACAUCGAGCAUCUUCCGGUACUGAACCAAUCUGUAAAAUUCUCUUUAACUAAAUCACAGCGGAAUCGAGAACUCUCGUCACGCUGGACUCGACGCGGUCGAUCGGAAUAACACUCGCGUCACUCGAGUCCCCUCAAAAAUAUAUUGAAAAAAAAAAAAACAAAAAGAGAAAAAACCACGUCGGUCUGGUGUCGCUCACCUCUCAAUUCUGCGGAGAGAUAAUCGCGAAAGAAGGAAAAAAACGUGUCUCUCUGACGCGGGUAAGCUCUCUCUCUCUCUCUCUCUCCCGUCUCUUCAGUAAACAUUAUCUUCUUUAAGUGGCACAUAUUAACGUUUAAUGACAGAUUGUUUUAUUUGUCAAUGUUCGAAUUAUCAUUAAUUCUGAUAGCGCAUAAAAUCGGUCUGUCUGAAAGUAACAAUUUUGUCGUCAAAAAUAAAACGCGGCGGCAAUUGCGUGCCGUCGGCAAAUUUUUUUCCACACUUUGCCGGAUGGAAAAAAAAACGCAUAAACGUUUGUGUGUCGUAAAAACGAAGUUUCUUUUUUUUUUUUUGUGCCGCAGACACAACUCGACUAUCAGACACCGGAAUUUGCAUUAAAUAUAAUUACGAGGAUAAAUACAGCGUCUCGCUCGUGACGAAGAUCGGCCGAUCGGCGGCGACGCGCGUCAUCGGCGAAAGGUUAUCGGUACGCGAGACCGAUAAGAGACGCUCUGUGUGCCGACAAACCCGGCCGAGAUGCUUCACGAAGAAACGGAUAACGAGAGGCUCGAUUGUACGGUCCCCAAAGCUGACGUCCGCGCGAUAAACAAUCAUCGUCGCAAGGAAUUGAAUUAUCUCGAUCGACAAUUUUCGGACAGUGUUCGCAACAUGGUGCAGAAGAGGAAAGAAAUUUGCGCUGACGCGGAAAACGAGGACGACGAGGAGGAACGGGAAAUUGACGGGGACCAAACCGAGAAAGAGGACGCGGAAGUAACACGGAGAACAGACGCGAACGGAGAGAGCGAUGAACGGGAAGACCCGCAAAUUGCGGAAUGCGCGAUUUGUCACGUUCACGUCGACGAAACCAAUUUCGGAAGGACCGUCGUCGUCGAUUCCGAACAGAACUCGCGCUGUCCCGAGCGGUAUCCGGUGUGUCAACGUUGCCUGCGAAAGAUCUCCGUUCAAUCAGGCGCGCAGGAGCAGAGAUCGCACGCGAGUUUCUCGGCCAGGAACAGAGACGACAGUUGCGACGGUCGCGCGCGUUCGAAGAGAAUGCACGACUCGCACCCGAUGUACCUGCAACUCCAAUCUCGUUCGGUAUUGGACGCGCGUCGCGACGUUCGUAGACACACGACGCUGUUCGCGCGAAAAAGCAGCGAGGCGAUAGAUUCGGACGCCGGCUCGCACGUGGCCGAUCUAUCGUGGCGGGAAGAGCAAUCGGAUAAUUACAGAAGACAGUGCCAACAGCAGUACGGCCGUUGCAAUCCGAGAAGAUACGACGCAACGAACGGAUGUAAUUCCGAGAUGAAGACGAAGAGUCACCUUCUGGCGUCCUCGGUCGAACACUCGCGCAAACCCAUACGUUGUCCGCGUAUGGACUGUUCGGUGAACGUAGCCUUCUCGGCGCUUACCCAUCACUUCCUCUUCGAUCAUCCCGAGGUGCCUAUUCUGAGCGUGGAACCCGGUGCCGAGAGCACGCUCAUCGUCAGUUACGACGCUCUCUCUUGCAACUCCAGCCGGUGUCUGGCUCUUUUGCUGGUGUCCGGAAAGCUGUCAGAUUCCGCAGCAAGACUAUUCGGCGGCAAUCAGAUAAAUCCAAAGUAUCGGAAUCGGCUGCCUCUGCCGGUGCUGGCCGCGCGUUUGCACAAUAAUCGCGGCUACGCGUCUUGCGAGGAAAUCCACGCUGGCGGUGAGGGCCAGUGCGAGAAAGACGUGAUCGUCGCCUGGGUAGCGGGACUGGACGUCGGCGACACGAACGACAAACUUCGGUGCAGCAUACAGGCUGUGGACAACAUCGAGAACGGAGGAUUCCGAUCGCUCACGUACACGGGACCGGUCAUGUCUCUGAGAGCCACCCAGUGUCCGCGCGACGUCUUCCUGGCCGGCGACUGUAUAGUUCUCCACGAGGGACUGAUCAGCCACAUCACUUCCGGCUGCACCAGUCUCAAUGUAAAUGUUAUUGUACACUGAAAAAACCUGUCGCGCUACAUA